AUGGCACACGAAAAAAGCGGUACGACCCACAAGGUCCUAUCGAUUCUUUUCCGCCUCGGCGAGCUCAUCUCCGCCAUCAUCGUCGUCGCGAUCCUGGGCCGUUUCAGCUGGCUCAUCCAUCCCGCUCACGUUUCCGUCGAUGGAAGAAUCAUCUACACCAUGGUCGUCGCUUCGCUCGGCAUAGUCUUCUCGCUGCUUUUCAUUGUGCCCAUUACGGCUCUAUUCCUGAGCUUCCCCUUUGAUUUCAUCAUGUUUAUCAUGUGGCUUAUCGCAUUCUGCCUCCUUGAGACGAGGACAGGCACUAAUACAUGCACUUCGUCUUGGUUCAGCAAUUACUGGGGGUACUAUUGGGGCCGAUUUUGGCAUCGCGGACCUAUUGGGACGGGCAUCUAUGUCUCUAAACAAUACGGCAAGAUGAGCAAGAAGACGCCAGUCGAGGUCCAGAAACAAGAAAUGGCCGCAGCACACGGUGAAGGCCCUCGUGACGGUGUCCCAGCCCCUGUUGCGGUGUAA